UCACUUUCGAAAGCUAAGGUACAAAGGGUACUACUCUAUUCUUCAACUUCCUUAAGCGGAAUUAGACUCAACCAAACACUGAAGGAUACCAGUAAGAUUUGUUCCGUUCUUUACCACAACGACAUAAUUCAUUUUGAUCUUGUACAAGAAAUAGACAAGUAUACACUAAUUGCGUUACUGUUGCGGUCAGCAUUGCAGCAAAUUUAGACUUUGGAAUGGGAAAGAUUCUCUUUGUGAUCGCUGUUGUUUGCCUACUGGUUAGGUCAGUGUCCUCAGUCAUACUUUGUCAAGAAGACCAUCAUGGACAUGGCCUUUCCCUGGUGCUUGACAGCAUUACAACUCAAGCAUUUAGCCUAGGAUUCAGCCUUCUGAUUCUUUACUUUGCAAUUGUCUACUGUAUUUUUUCAUUUGACAGCAGUUUGGCCGACAGAAACCAGUCAGCGGACCGUUGUGAACCUAAACCUAAACAAAGAACACUAAAUGCACAGUCUGCCUGCAAAAAUGACGUGCUUUUUGAAUAUCCAUUGCAACGAAGUGCUUCCCAUAUAGUAUUUCAGAAGACUGGGGUGGAAGUGAUAGAAGUGAAGGUUGCUAAUGGAUUGACACUCAAAGAUAAGUGGAUGCCGAGAAAUUUGAUGUUGCAAGCUUGCACUGAAGCAGUGCUGCCUGACCAUCUACAGGAGGAUGAAUUGCCUCUAAGCCCAGUAUAUAAAUUUGUUACUAGUGCUGCGAAGUUGGACAGACUCCUGGAAGUUUGGAUACCUCAUGGUGCAAACAUUGUUUUGACAGGCGAAAACUGGAGCGUAAUUUUAAAGGAGUAUGUAAACCACACUUGGUUAACUGUUGGCGAAACUAGUAAUUGCAACAAAACACAAGAAUCAAAGAACUUUGUCUGUAAAAGCAAUCAUGUAAGAUUGAAGACUGACCAUUUGUCAACUUUCAAAAUAACUGGGAAGUUUGAUACAUCUCAGUCGACUUUGGUGUUUAAAAGAAUGAAGGUUGUAGCAUUCUGCAAUGAAACCAGAGUUGGAGACAACCUCAUUGUGAGGCUUUACUGCUUCGAUGAUUGUGAAUGGUCUUUUGAGAGGAUGAUGCAAACGGAGCAGAAGAAUGGAGGAAGACUCAUGUCAUCGAUCGAAUCUGUCAGCUUUUCUGUUACCGGCAAAAAAGAUGUUGACAUAUCUGUAAAAGAUCCUGCAGGCUGGCAUCUGAAUAAGGCCUCCCCACUGAAGUUCAGCUAUGAUUCACUGAGGAAUUCAUUCAACGUCAUUCCUCGGUGUGAUCUGGUAUUUAAACCUUGCAGGAAGGAACUAAGCACCAGCAUUUAUUUGAAAAUUGUAUUAAGUCAUGAACCAUCUGAUGAAACCAUGAUCUAUGCAUCUUCAUCACUAAAACAGAGACUGUUUGAAGAUCCUUCCAUGAACGCAUUUGAAUAUGAUCAAGUGGAAGAGUAAGAGGUCAUGCACGGAAAUUUCCCAACCGUAAUGGUUAAGAUAUUACAAUAUAUAUAAAUCACUAGGAAGCGCUAACUUCUUGCUCACGGCGGUAGUGUUCUUUACAAAACAAUCCGUAAGCAGAUUUUGAAAUAAGUUCAUUUUUUAGAUACCGACCAAAAGGGCAUUGUAUGGCGACCACAUUCACAUACACCUUUUAAACUCUUUUAAUUAACAAUCAUUCGAUGAGGUUGAGCAUGAUAGUGAUAGUUGUCAAGGCCAAAGUUUGUGUUAUCUGCCGAAGCCAAAGGCUGUGGCGGAUAACACAAACUAAGGCCUUGAUAAUUAUCGCUGUCAUGCGAAAACCGAAUCCAAUAAUUGUUUUAUUAUGCUUAUUCCUGAGCUGCACUUGUAAAAUAUAAGAGCGCAUAAAACCAUCGUCUGUGGGUAUGACGUCACUUAUAUAGCUAUAAAAUCUAUUGUCUGUAUGUAUGACGCAAGAGAUAGAUAGAUAGAUAGUUUAUUAGAAUAUCGAACAUGGCAGUCCGCAGACUGAAUU